AUGAAAGUUUUCGUCUUGCAGUGGCGCCGGUUCAAUUUUUUCGACAAGGAGGUUCUGAAAGACCCCGGAACGACUCAGCCAUUUACGGGUCUGAAGGUUGGUUCUUACAAACAUAACUAGGAUUUAGAUGACGUUCAUAAGAGUAUGAUUUUAUUCAAAUGAAACUUUUGCUCCCCAUCUCUUUUUAAAUCGAUUCAUAGCUUAUGUCAUCGAUGAAAAAACUUCAAAAUGGUUUGCAACCAGAUCUCCUUCCAUGCUGGGGGAGGGGUGGUGUGGGAUGGGGGAGGGGGUGCCUUGCUCCAUCUCACAAAAAUUUGUUUAAGUUAAGUUAAGUUUUUACUCUACAAAUUUACAGCAAAUAACCAAAUACUGCAAGGACAUUGAUUGGAUGAUCCCUACAAUUAGUCAAAAUUGCAGACUGACAUAGAUUUCAUUGCAAAAGUGAUUUUCUUAGUAAUUUAUUUUGUCCAACAUGGUGCUCAGUUUUAACAGGUUUUGAAAAUAUGUCUGUGCUUAAUUUGGAAUGAGAAAGUGAAAGUCUAAUGAAAAAUGAAAUAAGAAACUGAAAAAAAUGUUUUAGGCAAUUUGCACAAUUUCUAAACUAGGACAAAUCUUCCAGCACUUGAGUGCUACAAGACAUGUUUAUAAUUCUGACUCGCAUUACAGUCAAGUGUAUUCCUUUCAAAGCAUGUUGUAUAUAGAAACAAGUUUUUGAUGGCCUAUCCUAAAAGACUGAGACAAUUUUUACUUCUCUGUUGGCAACUCUUUAAAAACAAUUUCUUUUUUGUCCCAUUUUUGGCCUUUAUUUUGUGGUCAAUUCUUUUGUGAGUGUGGAAGCUGACAAGAGAUUUUAACACCCACUAAGUUCAACUCUUAUUUGGAAUUUAUCCCUGAUACUUCUAAAAUCAAACCAUCAAUCUUGAUACUAUGGGUAUAUUAAUUUUUGUUGGGGGUGAUGUGUUAGGGUGAGGUCAUACAGCCUGUGGGGUGGGGGAUGUGUGACCGUUUGGACACUGACUUGUGUUGAUGUCAUGGAGAUUCAUGUAAAUGUCAAUAUUUGAAUAGAAUUCAUGUUUGUGUCAUAUAGGAUACUAGUAUCACAGCAUGCACAAGUGGAAGAGGCCAGCUAGUUAUUGGAGGCAAGUGAUCUUUAUUACAGAUUGAGCUCAAAUUUUGCCAUUAUGGUUUAUUUUAAAGAUGCAAAAAGCAUUUUAAAACAUGUCUUUCAAACAGAAAGUAGCUGGGGCUGUGAAUAAGUUUAGAAGUAGAAGACAGUUAACCCUUUAACACCCGAGAUCUCAUUAGUAAUCUCUUUCCUGUCUGCCAUACAGUUCUUUUGAUGUUAGUUUGGAGAAUUUGGUAAUGGAUCAACUAAUAAUUCCCUACGUGAUGUUUUUCCUUUUUCUUGUCACUUGUCUGCUUGAUAUUGUAUUGAUAUUCUGUCUUGGUCACUCAUGGGAGUUAAAAGGGUUAAAAAAACAUAGGCUGUUAAGUACCGUGGAUGCCAUGUAGUUUUGUUUAAUUAUGCUCAAGACUGGCUAAUGUAAGAUGUAGGAAAAGUAAUUAUGUUUUUUUUUGUUUUUUUUGUUUUUUUUUUAAUAUUGUGCAGUGAUUAAAGUAUUUGGUUUUUGUAUUUUGACAGAUUCAGCUGGUUUUGUUCACUUCCUAGGCCGUGAUUUAACCAUCACAUCUUUCCAGGCCUACGAAAUGCGUGUGUCACAUUUUUACCAACUGAAACAGCAAAAUAUUUUAUUUACAGUUGGAGUAAGUGCUUCAUACUCAGUAAAACAAAUUAAUUGUGUGAAAUACUUCCCUUUACACUUAACAUCAUUGUGUAUAUUCUCCCUACUCUUCUCUACACAUUUCUUAGGUUCUAACAAGGAGAAUUUAUAAAACCAUCAAGAGCUUUGUUAUUUGCUGAUCAUUUCCUUUAUUCUCGUGACUUAGACAUUUUAUUCAGGGGUGAUAUUGUAAGGAGAAAUUAGAAUCUUGUCACUCUUGGGGAUCAAAGGGUUAAGGAAGCAUUAAGAUGUCACUGGACUACAGCUCUCUUUACAAAUACAAGACAAUUAUUUCAAGCUUUUAUUAUUUUCAACUAUACUAUAUAUUCCUAAGACAAGCAGUGUGGUGAUGGCAGUUUUGUACAUCAUGUCAUAAUGAUAUUGUUGAAAGUGUCCUCAUGAAUUGUAAUCUUUUAUCUCUACAGGAAGAUGAAGUAGGAGGAAUUGAUCCAAUUAUGAGAGUUUGGAAUCUAGACAAGGUUUGUUUUCUUAUAUUUUUGAGUUACACCUUAUGACUUAUACUGUAGAUAAUUAGAGCACAUGUGCACAUACUUAGGUUUCUGCUUUUAACAGUUUCUCUAUUAAGUUGUUUGCAAGCUCCUUUAAGAGUUUAGCAAACUCAUUAAAUUUUAGAGCAAGUUUUUCUAGGUAGUAAGGAAACUCCUCUAGGUUUUUCAGCAAAGAUUGCUUACUUGAUGGUGAACCCACCUAAAUUAUUGGAAAACUCGCUUCUGUUGUUAGUGAACUCAUCUUAGUUGUGAGGAGAUUCAUCUUAGUUGAGCUCACUUUUAGCUGUUAGCAAACUCAUCCUCAGUAAGUUGUUAACAAACUGCUUGAAGUUAUUAGGAAACUUAUCAAAGUUGUUAGCAAACUUAUCUAAGUUGUUUGAAAGUGAUGAUAUUCCAUGUUAGUGUGUGUCUUUCACUGAUGUUAUCAAUUAAUGAGAAUUGUUUUUCUCUAGAUUGACAAGUAUGGAAACCCUGUCUGCUGUUGCAUGCAGCGGCUUAUUCCAGGAAACAAGCCAGUUGCGGUACAAUUAAUUUUGUUUAUGAUUAUUUUACAUCAUCUAAUUUCACAAAAAUUUUCAUUUUCUCUACUCAGUACUUAUAAUUAAAGAAGUUAUAGAAAUUGGUAAAUUUAUCCUGAACUAAAUAUCUAAACCUGGCCUGGAGUGGUAUAUUGAGGUCUUAAGAAAGGACUUUUAUUCUGAAUGGCAGGUGUCUUGUUUGGCAUUGAUGGAAAACUUGACACAGAUGGCUGUAGGAUUCGCCGAUGGUACUGUUCUUGUAUACAAAGGAGAUAUCACCCGCGAUAGGUGAGAAGCAAAAUGUCAUUGACUUAAAAAUGCACAGUAAACAAUGUAUGCAGUUACUAUUUUUAGAGUACUGUCUCUCUUUCAUUCUGAAGGAGAUUUUUGUUUGUGAAAGUGAAUUAUUUUUUGACAGUCCCAAAGGAAGUCAUUAUGAAAAUCAUUCAUUACCAGUGCCACACAAGUGGCCUAUUUAUCACUAGAGAAUUUUACUAGGUAACUUACUUUUCAUUCAGAUUGACAGUACUUUUUUGUUUGAUAAACCUGGAUAGAUAUAAAAUUUAUGAAGAAGACUACUUGAGUCUUAAAGCCAAUAACAUCAUGGUGAAUAGUAAUUUACAGAACUGUGCAGUAGCUGUAUCUUCAACUGUAAUCAACUAUGCUGCUUUUAUCUUUCAGCCUCCAACCAAAUUUGUCAGAUCACUUAAAAUUCAUUGUCAUUUUUGCUAUCUCCAGCCUUGACCAUUAAUCUUUCUUCCUAAUUAGCUGAGUGAGUUACUUUGUGAUUUGCUUUUAUGAAUGGCAAAACAUUUGAAACUUCAGCUUCAGAAACUCUUUACCUCUGUCAGUGCAGCACCACAGUUUCUUUAGAAAUUUACCUUUAUUCACUAGUGAUUUACUGUCUACUAAAUAAAUACAAUAUUUUGUGGUUUUGUAAGAGUCAAAGUUAUUUUUCCACAUCAAAAAUAACAGCUUGAAAUAUCAUUGCCAAUUACAUUAUGUCAUCAUUCUUUUUUGUUUUAAGGCACACAAAGCAGAGAAUUGUUCAUCAUGACAAGCAUCCUGUAACAGGUACAGUUAGGUUUAGUUUUCUCCUUAAAAGGGUAAAAAAAGUGCAAAAUGGUACAACAAUCAGUAAUCAAAAUAAGGUUCUAUCUAAAAGAAUAUAUACUGUGUUGGAGGGGGGGGCUAGAAUUUGAAUUUUUAAUCAAGCUUUCAUUCAUUUAUUCAGUAUACACUGUGUUUUUGGAAUAAAUACUGAUGCAAUUAGUGUUUCAAUAAUCAUUUGGUAACAUAGCUAGAACAGAGUGUAUAGCUAUAAUAGAAAUUAGGUUUACUCUGAUUUGUCGUGAAUGAUGGCAUGAUGAUAUUUUGCUAUUUUUUGUCACCCAUCAUAGGACUUGCCUUCAAACAGACAAGUGACAGUGUAAUUCUGUUCGUUGUGACAACUGAAACAGUUCUGUCAUACAACACUUCAGCUAAAGAUCGUAGAGUGAGUACAGGUUUUGGUUAGAAAUUUUGUGGUUGUGUGACAAUAUAAUGUCAAACUCUAGGAGUUGUCAUAGACUUUCUAGUAACCAUGUGAUAUAUAUUCUUUGUAUAUGUUCAAAUUGAGUACAGUAUAUUGUCUGAGUUGAUAUAAAAUUGAAUUUUGCUUAAAUCUCUGCUGUGGAGCUAAAUCUCAGAAUCCUUACAGUGAUUAUGCACCCUGUCAAAUAUUCUUUAUCUUACAGUUGUUCACCCUUCAACUCCCAUGAGUGACCAAGACAGAAUUUCUCCUUACAAUAUCAAUACAAAAUCAAGAAGACAUGUGAUGAGAACCAAGAAAAGUAUCAAUUAGGGGAUUAUUAGUUGAUCCAAUACCAAAUUCUCAGAAGUAACAUCAGAAGAAUUGUAUUGCAGACAGUAAGGAGAAUUACUAAAAAGAUCUUUGGAGUUAAAGGGUUAAGACUUUCUCACAUAUGAGGCAUUUUUAUAGCAAUUUGCACAUGUACCUAGCUUUCAAAGGUCAAGGUUUUGAACACAAGAAGGGUUGAACUUGUUUGUGCAAAGAAACUAAUUUUCAGGUAUGUUGCUAAACCAUCGCAACAGAAAGGGAUUUUCUGGCUAAAUUUGUCCUUGAAAUUGCUGCUGUAUUAGAGAAUAUGCCACAGCUCAUAGUUAUUUAUUUUUAAAAGCAGAUUUUCAUCAAUAGGAUUCAAUAUUUUAUUUCUAAAUUUUCUUUUUAGGAAGUACUUGAUGCUCAUGGCUGUGAACUCCGUUGUUCUGUUAUGAGUGAUGCUUCACAAGAAAACCAAUUUAUUGUGGCACGAAAAGAGGUCAGCCUUACUCAGUGUACUUACCCUGAAAUAAUUUUCACUCUUUAUUUGGGCACUUAAAUGUACUUUUGGAAAUUGACCAUUAAAUUGAUAAUGAUUUUUCCCAGGCUUUGUAUUUUUAUCAAGUUGAUGGCAGAGGUCCUUGCUUAGCAUUUGAAGGUAUUUCUGAUAUGUAAACAAAUUUAAAAUGUACUGUUAUGCACUGUUAUGAUCAAGAGAUUCAAUAAAAGCUGGUUACUGAUGGUCUUUGGCCUUGUGUAAGACCUCUGACAGCUGUCUGUUUAACCCACAAGUAGGCUCAUGGACAAUGCUGCCUAUUUAUUACCAUCAGCAGCUGCUUAUGAAAAAAGUUAUUGAAGUCCAGCUUGAUAUCUUCUUUAUAUUAAAGAAAGAAUAAUUUUUUCUGCCUGUAUUGGAUGGUUAAUUAAUUAGAAUUAUGGCAGGUUAAUGAAAUUUUCUUAAUUUAAUGGCAAUCCUAAUUGAUAAGUGUGUAAAAGAAAUGGCGGGUUAGGAUGUGGAACUUAAUGUCUGGUCUACUGGUACAGUACAUGAACCUAGAAGAAUCUACAGCAGAAUCUGAAAAUUGCAAGAGGGCUGAAUUUGACUCAUCGAUAGAAAUAGUAGUCAUGCUGUGCUUGGUUUGAGAACCUCUCCUUUUUUGCAGUGGUAAUAACUUCAGUCUGUCAGAAGACAUUAUUUUCCUAGUCAGUAGCAAAGAUUUGCCUGGAAAAAUAAAUCCAAGUUGGAGCUUUCUAUGGAAGUGAGGCCUAUAACUCUCUUUCCAAGUUCCAACUUGUGGCAUAAAAAUUCUGAAAUAUCCUUAUUUUUUGUGACAAAAUUUUCUCACAGGGCACAUUGAUUUUGAAUUAACUAUAUUCCCUUAAAGUGAUAAGCAUCUAAUUUCUCCAAAAAGUAUUACCCCUGAAUCAAAUGUAUAGGGAAUGGCAAGGAGAACUUGCACAUUGAUGUAAGAAUGUAAAGGGUUAGUAAGAUAUAAAUCUGUUUUGAUGCUGUGGCAGGUGAGAAACAGAUGGUAACAUGGUGGCGAGGGUAUCUUGUUGUGGUCAGUAAGGAUAACAAACAGAUUCAAAGACCAGCAGUAGGGUAAGUUAAGUAAUUCAUAAAAGACUGUUAAAUGGCAACUUUGAAAAAGCUUCAGCUGGGAGACUUCCAGGAUAUAUGCAACUCAGUACUAAAGGCAGUAAUGCUAAAUAGAUUUAAAAAAAAAAGUGCUGUUCAUGUUUUUUGUUGAUAUUUUGUUUUAAAUAUAUAAUAUUGGCUAUGCUAUUCUUUUCGGUUUGCAGAGGAAGCUCUCAACCAAGGAAUGUCAAUGUUGUCACUGUUUAUGACAUUCAAAACAAGUUUAUAGGUAAGGGUUAGUGGAUGCCAAGAAGAAUGGAACCUUCUGAUAUUUGUCAAAUAGUUGGAACAUUGUGUGUGGUUUAUCACAUCUUUUGUAAAGAAGGGGAGGCCAAUUACAUUGGUAAAUUUGUGAUUUUCUUUUUGCAGCUUUUACUGGGACAUUCCAGGGUGUAAUUGAUGUGGUAUGUGAAUGGGGCAGCUUGUUUGUGAUCACAAUGGAAAAUAAGGUAAAUUCAAGUAAUUUUCUAUUUUUGUAUUAAAUAAUUAUGCUAAUAAUUUAUAUUGAUUUUGCUAUGAUUUAUUUUUAUUUCAGGCCAAGUAAAAAUCUGAUUUGCAAAAAACAAUUAUUGCACCCUGCAAAACACAUUACAUUCAAACAUCUCUUGCUGGAAAAUGUUGAUGUUAUUGAAGUUGAAUUGAGCAAACCUGCACUGAUUCCAAAAACUUUUAAAAAACUUUAGGUGCAUACAUGUAGUAAUUCUGUAAUGUAUUUCCCUUUUUUGCUGGCAGAUUUUUCAGUUAGAGGAGAAGGAUACGCAAACAAAGCUGGAAAUUCUUUUUAAGAAAAAUCUUUAUGCAAUGGCAAUCAGGUAUUAUAUACUUGAAAAAUUAACGUUGAAUUUUUUUGAAAGAACAUGUAUGGAAUUUUAAUAUGUAUUGUAAUGUUGGAUCAAAUGUAUUUUACCCCUCCCUAACCCAAAAAUAACUUGUUUUUGAUUUGGGUUAGUGACUGAUGAUUUUUUUAUUUUCAUUUUCUUUUGUUUUUCUUUUUUUCUUUUUGUUUUCUGUUUUGUUCAUUUGUCUUUUGUUUGUUUCCUUAAAGCUUGGCAAAAAGUCAGCAUUAUUCUGAUGGACUGAUUGACAUCUUUACACAAUAUGGAGAUCACUUGUACAGGUAGUGACUGCAAUGAAAAUUAACUAUGUGCAAUUGGUUUUUUUUUUUCUCAACUGUUCAAAGAUGCAUUCUUGGAGAAUGUUGAUCCUAUUAGAGUCAGUCUCAGCAUUGGGCCUAUAUGCCAGGGUUUCCUGGUUAGUCUGUGGAACGUGGAAGGACUUCUAGUUCAUUCUUUUGAGGGAUUUUGUCCAUUCUUUGUUCAUGUAGGGAAUCUAGAUACAACUUGAAGUUUCUCCUUCCAAAUGAAUAUAAAUUAUUCUUUAUCCAGUAUAAAGUUGAUGUCAGUAGACAACCCUUUAAAGGGUGCUAAGUGAUCAUGUUGACCCUUUUGACACUCAGAGUGACUAGUAAUUAGUUCCUCCUCACUUCAUCACCUGUAAAUCAAACACUAAGGUAGUGAGAUUAAGGAAAUGAUCCCCAACUAAAGGGGCCUUGUCAGCACCUUAGGAAAUGUAUAGAGAGCAGUGUGGAGGAUAUGUAUACUGGUGUUAGGGUGUAAAGAGUUAUUGCUAAAUUCUUUAAGGUAGCUGUCUCGAUAAUUAUCAAAUUUAUGGCUGAUUACAUGAAAAGCAAAAUAAGUAAAUACCUUUAAUUAACUUACUAAUAAACUAAAUACCAGUGUACUAAAUACAUGACUAUCACCAAGAGAACAAUUAUCUCUUUUCUCUCUUUACCAGCAAAGGGGAUCAUGAUGGAGCAAUAAAACAGUACAUUAAAACCAUUGGUCAUCUGGAGCCUUCUUAUGUCAUUCGUAAGGUAUUGAACCGUUUACAAUGUGUAUAAUGUGAUGUUAUAACCAUUUAACUCCAAGAAGUGAUUACCAUGUGACUUCUCCCUACAUUAUCCAUACAUAGUACAACAAACAGUUAAUGAGAACACUCAAACUCCUCAGGUACAGUUUAUUACCUUGAUUGAACACUUAAUUCUCAUAAUCAAUUUACAAGGAAAUGUGUAGUAGCUUGAGGAGUUGAGAAUCAGAUCUUUAAGCCAGACUGAAGGGCUCUCAUCUAGGCCACUGUGUUCUAACAAUUCAGAAUCAUUUGAAAUUUUUAAAUAGUGAAGGAAAAAGAUGAGGCACAGGGUGAAAAUUAGGGCAAAACUAAGUUUUAGUUCAGUUUUAAUCUCAUAUAAAAUAAAAUUUAGUUUUGCAAUGAUUUUCAUUGUUGGCCUUGCCUUUAUUAUGUUUCACAAUGUAUAGCAGAAUCUCUAAAAAGGUUAAAAUUGUCCCAUGCAGGUUUCCAAACGUUCCUUGUCAAUGUUAAAAGAUAAAUUUGAGUUGUGGAAUUAAGCUCAAUAUUUAAAUUAUAAGUUUUUCACUUUUAGUUCUUGGAUGCUCAGAGAAUUCACAACCUUACAGCGUAUCUUCAGGUUAGUGGAAGAGUCAACUGCACGCUGGUGAUGUAAUCAUUCUGGUGUGGGCGUCUGUGCUACUAUCCUCAGUCUCAAUGACAACCAGCUGGUCACAAUAAAUUAUUUCGAACCUUGAGCUAUUGUUACUCAAAAAUGUCAUAAAAAAUAUUGUUGUUUUAUUCAUCCUUGGCUAGGCUCUCCACAAACAAGGUCUGGCCAACACAGACCAUACCACUCUUCUUUUGAACUGUUACACCAAGCUGAAGGAUGUCUCAAUGUUGGAUGAGUUUAUCAUGGUAUGACUUAGGAUCAGUAAAUGAAUUCUCCCAAUUGUUCUCAUACAAGUCUUAUUAUUGUUCUUUUGAGAAUUUCUUGUCCAAUCUGGAUGACUCUGUAUUUCCAUCACAUUAAGCUUGACACUACAGUGUAAGAAUUUACAUUCAUUUCUCCUUUUUUUCCUAUCAGACUGACAGGGAAUUAAACUUUGAUGUUGAAACUGCCAUCAAGGUAAAUGCUUGCACUACUGAGCUAAAAAAAUUGUGUGAGAAAGGUACAUUUUAAAUCUUCUCAGGAUCUUCAUUUUUUUUCCUGUAAUAUUUGUUAUUAAUUUUAGGUGUGUCGUCAGGCAGGAUAUUUCAAGCAUGCGGUGUAUUUAGCGGAGAAAUACGAACAACACGACUUGUAAGUUUAAGGAAAAAGGAUCGAAUGUUUGUAACAUCAGUACGCACAUUCUCUUUACUGUUCUCAUUUUAUAUCCUAAGGUACUGACAGGGAGAAUUUGCUAUCAAUCGAGAGCCUCUUAAAUAAGUCAUCACUUCUAAUAUUCUCGUUACCUCAUUGUUUGAUUUCCCUCCUCACCCCUCCCUCACUGGUGGUAAAUUGAGAGUUAAUUUUCUAUAAUCCCCCCCAUUUAUACUUUCUUGGCGACGACUGAUACCCCUUCCAUUCCCCCUGAAAACCAAAUACCAAAUACCAAAUACCAAAUCCCAAAUCCUGACCCACCCUCCCCCAAAAAAACCCUCCGAACCCCACCUCCGCAGGCUAUAGAUAAUGAAUGGUCCAUUGGAAAAAUAGGUUUCUGAUAGCGAAGGAAAGCACAACACUGCGUGGCCUAUGCUCGGGAAAGUGGUUUAAUCUCUUGCAUUAUUGUUGACUCGAAUUUCCCUCUAAUAGAUAUUUAAAGAUUCAACUGGAAGACCUGAAGGAUUACCAGAGAGCGCUGUCCUACAUUGGAAAACUAGGAUUUUAUGAGGUACAGUAAAUUUGUGUUUCGACUUUUAAGUGGUAGAUACUGAAAGAAUGAAGACGUAAAACUUUUCUGUCUUCAUUUCAAGGCUGAAGGAAACAUGAAAAAAUAUGGAAAGAGUUUGGUGAAUGCUGUCCCUGAUGAAUCAACAAAGCUGCUGAAAGUUUUAUGUACGGAUUACAAGCCGCAGCGACUUCAUGAACGUGAGUUUUGUUCGAGCAUUUCGAUUUUGUGUGGUCAACUCAAUAUCAAACAAAUAACGUCGGCCAAUUGGAACCAGGACCAUCGUCUUAAAGGGUCAGUGAGAAAUAACUGAACGCAAAAACUUGCAAACUUCCUAAAGCGCGGGAAAACAUAAAUUACCAAGUCGCUGUUGAUUUUAGCUUGCAUCUGAUUGGCUGGGUAGGCGACGUGAGUUUCGUAGACCAUUCACAUAGCGAAACAAUACAGUCCUGGUUGACUCCCAAAACGAGAAAAAAAUCAUAAAAUUUCAAGCUGACGAAUCGAUUUUUGCGUUUUGAAUGAGUGAAAUUUUGAAUGACUUCACUUCUCUUUGCAAUCUGGUGAUGUUAUGGAUCUUGUAGAUUUUAAAUCGUUAUUCUCCGAAGGUAAAUUGAGUUGGACAGAUUUUGGAGAGUCGGGAAGGAUAAUAUUACUGUUAACGUUGUUGUAGGAACAGUUUCCGGUUCUGUCACACCUGUCAGUGCUGGGGUUUAUCAGUCCUUCACAACCGCUCUCGGUAAGCUGCUGUUGCUAUUCAGUCACCAUCCAUGUCUCGUUACACGUCGCAAACCACGUCAUACUCACGUCAAAGUCACAGUCAGCGUCACAUCUCGUCCUCUCACAUUUCUUGCAUUGUUUACGUCAAAUUUUGCCUCACUGUAUACUUCAGACAUAUGUUUUGCCGUGGUAUACAUCAUGUUAUUUUUUGCGUCAAUGCAUAACCUCCAUCUCCCUCAUGGAACACAGCAUUACUUCUUUCAAGCCUCACUCGCCUCGAAGGACUGUUCUCCAUGAAAUUUUACCUUCGUAGUAGACUUUCAAAUGGUUCUAAGUCAUGUCUUACUCGUCACGGUCACUCUCCAAUCAGUGUUAGUAUUGGUUCUUUUGAAAGACCACUAGUGAUGGUUGGUGUCUCUGGAAAAAUUUGGCUAAAAUUUUCAAUUUUAUCCCAUUCACUACGUGUCGAUCUAAUCAAUUUUUUCUCUUCUUUUUGGUUUAUAUCCUUCAGUUUGGUAUUUUUGCUGUCUUAUCAAACAGAUAUUUUAGAUUUAUUUUGAUAUUUUUCUUGUCAUAGUUAACCCGCCUCGUUGGAAUAUUAUUGUGACACUUAGAAAACAAUGAAUAGGAGAAAUACUGAUCUGUAGGAAUCGAACUAAACGAUACACUAUUUUUCUGGGUUCUCACAGUAACACACUGGGAAGUGUCAAGUAAAACUUGAAAAUGAACUCUCCGCAGAAUAUCAGUUAUUUCUUCGUUGCCAUUUCACUCCUGUGAUUCUGCCAUUUACAGAAGCACAAGCAGUGAUCCUUUAACCCCAAAGAGUGAUUAGAAUCUAAUUUCUCUUUCCAGUAGCGCUCAUGAAUCAAACAUUUAGGUCACGAGAAUAAAGGGAAUGAUUACCUCUUGAUUGUCAAACAAAUUCUCCUUGUCAUUGCCAUUGGAAACGUGAAGAGAACAGUAUGGAGAAUAUACAUGUAAUGUUAGGAUGUAAAGGGUUAACGUUGUCUGAAGGUUCCACCAAAUCUGAUUAAAAGAACCUUCACAAAUUAUGAUUUGUUUAUGGUGAUUUUCCUGCUGUCAUGUACGUUUGAUAUUUAGAUCCUGCAUCAGAUAUGGAGAGGAAGAUUUACAAGGCUCGCGCUGAAGAGUUUAUUCACAUCUUUGUUCAUCAAAAAGCCAAACUGAUUGAGUUUCUGGAACAUAUGGUGCAGGUAUUGAGUCACUUUCAAAUCACUACUGUGUCUGUCUUCUUUCAAAAUUUGCGUAGGAGAUACGAAAUUCUGGUCAGCGAAAAGGACCUCAUGUAAGAGGCCAAAGAACCCGAACAUCAUCAUCGUGUUGUGUUUUUGAGUAAGACGCUUAUUUCUCUCAGUGCCUUUCUCUACACAUAAGUAUAGCCUACUUAUUUUAGGUAAUUUAUGGGCUCUCAGGGAAUCGUUGUAAAUCCUUCACAUUUUCGUCCCGGAUAGAUAUCAUGUUAAUAAAGGGGGUAAGUUCUAAAAUAACUUAGUGCUGCGACGGUGGAAAAGUAUAACAUGGUAAUUUAGUAUUAUCAAUUGAGUUGGUAACGUAUAUUGGCCACCGUAAAGAGUUUCAAAGCUGACGUUUCGAGCGUUCGCCCUUUGUCAGAGGGAAUGUAGGAUAUUAUGUCAGCCGAGAUACUUCCGAUAGCAAACAAAAAUUGUCGUGGGUGGUCGAGCACAGCUUUUCACAGCCCGCGCCGACCCUUUUCGCCCUGUGAUUUUGUGUGAUGGAAAAGUCUUAUACAGGAAGCCUGAGAUUUUGUGAUAGAUCAGUUAUCAAACUUCAAGGAAAAUGAUUACAUCCUUCUCAAAGUAUUUUUACAUUUGUUCGAGUUUUCUUUUUUGAAGGUUCAGCCUAAUUCGUCUAACUUGGUGUAUAACACUCUCCUUGAGCUCUAUCUGAAUGAUGCUGCUCGUCAGAAGAAUGUUGAGGCGCAAGUCGAACAUGAACGUAAAGCUCUUGAUUUGCUGAAAAAUGUGGAGGUAUGAUCAUGGAAAUUGAAUGCGUAUUCAUGGUUAAAUCAAUCGUACAACUCACAACUUACUGACAUACAUUUCCUUGUAAUUUAGUGUAGAGAUAUGGUUUUCUAUUCAUAAAACACUCUAUGGUCGUUAAGGUUAUCUGUUGUGUUAAAUUCCUGCCCACCGAAUGAUUUAUCAUCACUUUUUCAAGGAGUGUUUUCUUGGCUGAGGUUAUGGCCGAUAUAUUUUUACCUCUUCAGAUUGGAUGAGCAUCCUGUCUUCGUACCUUGUAUUUCAGCGGUCUUCGAUGCGCAGGCAUCGAUUUACAAAGCUUCUAGAUCAAUGUCAGUAUCUGAGCAACUGCGCCCUACCCCUCCCCCUCCCCCUACCCAACGACAGUCAACUGAUGACAAGUUAAAGUCAAUGAUGGGCUAGGGGAGGGGUAGGUGCGAAGUUGCUCAGAUACAGACAUUAACCCAGGCUUCCUAUGAAGUGUAUCCACAGACAGACGCUGAAAUGCUCACUUUGCAGCAUCAAUGAUUUGCGAGUGUUCUUAGGGAUUUUUUUUUUCAUUAAUCUUUUCAAAGGCUCGUUACGACAUUGACCACGCCCUGGUACUCGCACAGAUGCACCACUUCAAGGCUGGUAUCCUGUAUCUGUACGAAAAAGCCAAACUGUGAGUUCAAAUCGAAGAAAUUUUUAAGUUUAUACUUGUUUGAAAUACGGCUCAAGCUGUAUUUAUGCCAGAAAGUUUUCCUUCCUCGCACUCUCUCAGUUUUAUUACUUUUAUCUUUAAUUUGGAUAGAUACCAACAAAUCCUUCAUUACCAUAUGGAGCAGAACGAAUAUAGUCACGUGAUAGACACGUGCAAAAAGUAUGGGUAAGUUUCGGGAACUUUUGAGAAUAUUUGGGAGAAUCUGUGCUAUGUUACCGAUUAUGUUAUGGUGGGAACAAGCGAAAAACCGGCGGCGGUCAUUAGUGUUUGUACUUAGGGCGGGAAAAUUGUGUAACCGGCGUUAUAUGGCGGGAAAUUUUGUGACUGGCGCCAAGAGCGGUAAAGCAUGCCAGCAGCAAGGGCGGGAAAACAUACGUGCACUACGGGCGGGAAAAUGUGUUAUCGGUUUUGCGCUUGCGCUAGAGACAGAGUCAAUGGCACGAAGAGCUCAAGACCAAGUCGCGAUGUAAGUUUUUGCUAUGCUUCUUAUAACUCAAAUAUUUAAAUUUGCCUUAAAAUUUUAUUUUUAGGACGUCAGAUCCAAGUUUGUGGGUGCAAGCUCUCUCUUACUUUGCCCGGCGUGAAACAGACUGCAAGUCCCAAAUUAAGGAAGUGCUUGAUCAUAUCCUUCUAUAGAGUUUCUUAGGUUCCAUGUAGUGCUAUGAAGCAUUUGUGUUUUAUUGUGCAUGAUCGUGAGCUUAGACCGUGAAAGCGUUUUUCUCAUCGCUUUUUAUUGCGACUAUCACUUUGCGUUAUAGUAUUGUCAGUUAUAGAUUGUAGUUGUGCGCGUGUUGGCAUGCUCUGUAUGUAAGAAGACCUCGUAACUAGGUGUAUUGUUAGGUAAGACUGAUAUUUCCUUGACCGUGAGUCAAAUAUCGACCGUGGAAACCUCAUGUCACCUCUACUCGUGUUGCAAAACUUGGCGCACAAUUCAACAGCCACAUUGGCAGUGGUGAAGGUAAGAAACAAUUACCACUAUGAGGGAAGCGAAAUUUAUCGUCAUGAAUUAGCGCCAAUACUCCUCCCAGUGACGUUGUCAGCCUUAGUGAAAGUCGGUAAGGAGGGGGCGAGUAAAGAAAGGCAAGGAGGCUUUGUGUACUCAAAGUUGGAAAAAAAAAAAGGCAACAUGCUUGAAUCGCGGGAAAACGCAAGUGACCAAGUUAGGAUUGGUUUUACUAUUGCAUCUGAUUGGUCGAGAUAGUGGCGCGAGUGUUUUAGACCAACCAUGGAGCGAAGUAAAGCGAAACCAAAACAAUCAGAAUCAAUUUCAACGCUAAAUUUGAAAUCGCUCAAUCCAAGGGAAAGUAGCUUUAAAAUCUGAAUUUUUUAGCUCAGUAUUGGAAAUGAAUGAAAUUCUAGAAAUUUGCCUAAUUUUUAGUUUGAAGUGAAAUAAUCUGGGCCUUAUCACAAUGUUCUUGUCAACUUUACGUGAACUACGAGCAUGUUUCUUUUAAACCUCUUGUUAAUCAAUUUAUGCGACUUUGACUACCCACUGAGAACUUCUCUUUUACAGGACUACAUCAUACGUCGCUUGCAAAUGGAAGACGAACUUAUCGCAAAUGUAAGAGCAAGGAUUUUUCCUCUGCUACCUUAAUCGUCUCUUAAUUUUAAAUACUUAUACUAUUUUUUUUCUCUUUAAGAAGGUCUUUCUAUGUGCUUUUCUCUAGGAUGAGCGUUAUAUCCGACAAUAUCGCGAGGAAACGGAAAAAAUGAGGAAUCAAAUUAAAGAACUGAAGACAAGGUAGCGGUAAUAUCGUAAAAGCGGUUAUUGUUCAUCGUGGUGGCAGUAGUUUCUUUGUUGGGCUAAUACUUGUUUAUACUUACGAUAGGAUGUAAAGGUUUAAAGCACUAACUUAUUUGACCUAGCUUAAUCAUGCAAUCUAUUUUACCAGUGCAAAGAUAUUCCAAGGUGCAAAAUGCAGCGUCUGUUCCCGACCUUUGGACCUGCCGGCUGUACAUUUCUUGUGCCAGCACUCAUUUCACCAAAAGUAAGUGCAGCAUGUGCGGCGCAUUUUUUUUUUUCACGUGGUUUUGCUUCGCUCGAAGUCAUGACCUAUUUUUUCAUUAUCUUUAUUUUGUAGCUGUUUUGAAGGAUACGCAGAAUCAGACAACGAAUGCCCGAUAUGUGCUCCGGAAAACAGGUGAGGGUAAUUUUCAGUUGUUUGACUAAAAGGGUCCUAAAAAAACAUUUUAAUUUAUGGUCUUUUUGAAAGAGAACCUGGGAGCUUCCUGAGCAGCUGACAUGUUUUUGAAAAUUUACCCUCUGGUCCUUUUUCUUGCGCUUAAAGGUUCAAGUAGAUUUAAAUUUUGAAAUAAAGGUAGGGUCUGUUUUCUCGUUUUGGGAAGUCUUCAAGCACAGAUUGUCAUCGUGGAUUAAAGAAUCCAUUUUUUUUCAAUGAUUUGCCAAAAGAUGUAAAGCGGGUAGAUGAAAAGAAGAUAGAAGGAUGAAUUGCUAAUCAGAUCCUCGAAGUCGAAAGGUUAACACUGAGAUUUCGUUCUGUUUCAGAAAAGUACUUGACAUAAUAAGACAACAGGAGCAGGCGAAGGAUCUUCAUGAACAAUUCCAUUGCCAGGUGAGGACGAAAUCUCCCGGAGAUUUACGACAGCUUUCCGAUGAAAAUCCGAAGACGGAUCGCCCGUCUCAAAACAAUUCGGACUAAGGCAUGAUUUUUGUUCAUUUCAGCUGGAGAGAGCGGCGGAUGGGUUUUCUGUUGUGGCUGAGUAUUACGGACGCGGUGUUUUCAAUAAGGUUUGUUUUUUCUUUGAUUAG